AUGUCUACACCAGCCAAGAGAAGACUUAUGCGAGAUUUCAAACGCAUGCAACAAGAUCCCCCCAGUGGCGUCUCAGCGUCGCCCUUACCUGACAACGUCAUGAAGUGGAACGCCGUAAUAAUCGGACCCUCAGAAACGCCCUUUGAAGACGGCACAUUCCGACUCAUUUUACAAUUUGAUGAACAAUACCCCAACAAGCCGCCAGUUGUCAAAUUCAUUCUGGAGAUGUUUCAUCCUAAUGUAUAUGCUCUGGGUGAAUUAUGUUUGGAUAUUUUGCAGAAUCGAUGGUCGCCUACUUAUGAUGUCAGUAGUAUUUUGACGAGUAUACAGAGUUUGCUUAAUGAUCCUAAUAUUUCGUCGCCGGCGAAUGUGGAGGCGGCUAAUUUGUACAAGGAUCAUAGAAGUCAGUAUGUGAAGCGGGUGAAGGAGACGGUAGAGAAGUCAUGGAAUGAUGAGAGUAGUGAUGAAGAAGAUGACGACGACGACGAUGAUGAUGAGGAGGAAGAAGAAGAGUAG